UUGAAGUUACCUCCAAAAAUGCUCUCUCAAAUAUCUCAAUGCUUUUGGCAGAGUGGAGACUGGAGAAGCAGCCAUGAAUAGGAGAACCUUCACCAAGAGAUCAAAGCCACCAUUUUCCUCCUAAGAAGGAAAAUCCAUGCCAUUGGCAGCCUGCUUAUCUGCAAGGAGUGUAUUUUGAUGACUUACUGCAGCAGUCUGAGAACUUCCAGCUGAUGCAAUAGAGAAUAUUUACACAAUUUCAGGCUGGCAAUGCAGAGGGAAUGUGCUGUGGAGGGGGCUGCUGUAUUGCAAAAUAUGCAGAUGGAGAAAGGAGCUAGUCAUCGAGAGGGUGGGGACUUUGCAGGAGCGAGUUCUUCUGGUGAGCUUCUUCUGUGAGAUAAGCGUUGCUCUGAGAAGGCUGCUGAGCAUAUGGUGGAACAUGGGAUCUAGUGACUCAGCCUGAACUUUCCCACAUCAAAAUAGAAAUUUCAUUUUCUUUGCACAAAAAUACUGUCUUCCAGUACAUGUGGAUGGGGAGACAUCUGGAGAAAAAAGCAGCACAGGCAGAGCCGUGCCCUGGGGACCGAGCGGCCGUGUCAGCCAUGAGCGAGCAGAGCCAUGUCAACAGCCUGUUCCUCAAUGAGGAUGCAGCCAAGCGGCUCAGCGCUGAGGGACGGGUCCAGCGCUUCCGGCAGGCGGUGCAGAAGCGGGCAGCACGGGCCAAGAAACGGAUGCACAGCAUCACUGCCGAGAGCGCCAAGAGCUUCUUCAGGAGAAACGCCUUUGUCCUCCUCACCAUUGCUGCAGUAUUACUAGGGAUCAUCCUGGCAUUUUCCCUUCGGCCCUACCAGCUGACCUAUCGCCAGAUCAAGUAUUUCUCCUUCCCAGGAGAGUUGCUGAUGCGUAUGCUCCAGAUGCUGGUUCUUCCUCUCAUUGUCUCUAGCUUGAUUACAGGAAUGGCCUCGCUGGAUGGCAGAGCCUCAGGGAAGAUGGGAAUGCGGGCUGUGGUCUACUACAUGGUGACCACAAUCAUAGCAGUCUUCAUUGGCAUCCUCAUGGUGAUCAUCAUCCACCCAGGGAAAGGAUCCAAGGACAAGCUUCACCGAGAAGGCAGAAUCGAGCAAGUGCAGACCACAGAUGCCUUCAUGGACUUGGUGAGGAAUAUGUUCCCGCCCAACCUGGUAGAAGCCUGCUUCAAACAGUACAAGACGCAGUACAGCACCAGGGUCUUCACCAGAACCGUUCUCCACAGCAGCAAUGUCACAGCAGGUGUGACAACCACUCCACUCCCUGUGCCUGAGAAUUUCACUGGCAUCCUGGAGAACGUCACUCAUGCCCUGGGGACCAUCUCCGAGGUGCUGACCUUUGAAGAAGUCAUUCCCAUCCCAGGCUCAGCCAAUGGGGUGAACGCGCUGGGGCUGGUAGUGUUCUCCAUGUGCUUCGGUUUGGUGAUCGGCAGCAUGAAGCAGAAGGGACGGGCCCUGCGGGAGUUCUUUAACUGCCUCAACGAAGCCAUCAUGAGGCUGGUGGCCAUUAUCAUCUGGUAUGCCCCAGUUGGAAUCAUGUUUUUAAUUGCUGGCAAAAUCCUGGAGAUGGAUGACCUUGCAGUGAUGGGGGGCCAGCUGGGGAUGUACACGCUCACUGUCAUCGUUGGACUCCUCAUCCAUGCCCUCUGCAUCCUGCCGCUGCUCUACUUUAUUGUCACCCACAGGAACCCCUGGGUAUUCAUUGCAGGGCUUCUGCAGGCCCUCAUCACAGCCCUGGGCACCUCCUCAAGCUCAGCGACUCUGCCCAUCACCUUCAGGUGUUUGGAAGAAAACAAUGGUGUGGACAGGCGCAUCACGAGGUUUGUUCUGCCUGUGGGAGCUACAAUUAACAUGGAUGGCACUGCUCUGUACGAGGCCCUUGCAGCCAUCUUCAUUGCACAAGUCAACAACUAUGAACUUGACUUCGGGCAGAUCAUCACAAUAAGCAUCACCGCCACGGCAGCCAGCAUUGGAGCCGCAGGUAUUCCCCAGGCAGGACUGGUGACUAUGGUCAUAGUGUUGACAUCAGUGGGGCUGCCUACGGAAGACAUUACACUGAUCAUCGCUGUGGACUGGUUUCUAGACCGCCUUAGAACGACCACCAAUGUCCUGGGGGAUUCUCUGGGUGCUGGCAUUGUGGAGCAUCUCUCCCGGCACGAGCUGGACGCACAGGACUGCGAACUUGACUAUUUGUCCAACUUCUCAAGAAAGCAUUGAAUUCUAAUCCUGAAGAAGUCUCCUGUAUAUAAAGGGCAAACUGAUGGAUGAACUGGAAGAAAAGAUUGAUGGAUUGGACUCUAGCUCAAAUAGGAAUCAGUUCUGGGAAGUCUGUGGCUUGGGUUAUACCUAGAGUCAAACUAGAUGAUCAUAAGGGUCCCUUCUGGCUUUAUAAUAUAUGCACGUGCUUUCUGGUUUAGAGAUAUUGCAAAGGGUCCUUCUAGCUUGAUCAUUUUCAAAAGCUAUCUGAAAGGAUCCUAAUGAUACUUCAAUAAAAAUCAGCAGGACUCUAACCUGUUUUCAGUUGCUGUUAGCAGAUAUGUAAUCAUACCACAAAAGGGGCUCUCCAUGUCACAUUGCAUCAAAAUGUCCUCCGUUGUUCCCACAAAGUAGUACACUCCAAGGCUGGCCAUUUGUGAUUUCCUACCUUCCACACAAGAUUAACAGAGCACAAACAAGUAGUCAUUUUUGAAUACUGCAAACCAGUCUACCGUGGGGAAUUUCAGAAUUCAGAUGAUAUUUUUUAGCUCUGGUGUUUACCCAUGUUGUUAACCAAUUUAUGAUUGGGAUUGUCUAUCUGUUUACAAUACCCAGACAGUAUUGUUAGGAAUUUGUUUACGUAUAUAUGUGUGUGUGUGUUUGUGUGUAUAGGUAUAUAUAUAUCGGUGUAUAUAUAUAUAUAUAUAGAUAGAUAGAUAGAUAUAAAUAUAUAUAUAGGCUUAUAUAUAUAUAUAUGAAAGGGGCCCGUGUACACAAAUACAUACAUAUAUACACAGAGUUAACUUUUUUGUUGCUAAUCCAAAAGGGAAAGAAGAUACUAAACUCUCACUCUGUGAAGUUGCAUACUUAAUUUUGAUGCCUGAGACUUGAUUUGCAUAACUAAUUCUAUCCUUAAAACAGCAGAGGCUAUUUCAUAUCUUUCCCGUAAUGAGUCUUCUAAAGCAAGGUUUGUCAGGAAGGAGCUCAAUGCAUGCUGCUUUUGAGUUGUACCUGCUGGUGACAUAAUUAGAACUUAUCAACACGUGGAAAGAACUCUCCACUUCAUCUUUGAAUUCCCUGCAUAUAUCCCAAGGACUCCAGUCCCUGAUGUGUCUAACCUUGCAAAGAGGCAGUCUUUUAAGAGCUCAGCCAAGAAUAUGAAAGUGUUUGUAUUCUUUCCAAACCCAAACACUGACCUUGUACUAACUCAGCCUUCAAAACUGCAUAACUGACAAUAUGAAAUCAUUUUAUCAGCUGUCUUUUUAAAUUAUCAGAUAUUUGAGAGUUUAUGCAGUCUUGUCUUUACUACAGUAGCAGCUUCUAGUUGCAGAAAUUAUCCAAGUUUCUCCUUUUGGCAAACAAUUUAUUCCUAAUGAUCAGAUGGGCAAUAUUUGGAAUGAAAUAGGAAGUUAUCUCAAUGCUUUCUACAUGAGGAGCUCUUGGAUUAGGACACAUCUCUUCAAAAUUAAUUUAAAAAGAGAAAAUAGAUGAAGAAUAUGGAUUUUCACACAAUAGGCCGUGAAUCACAUUAAGUAUGUGAUAUGUGUACACUGUCUCAGGAGCCAGAUCUGCCCAUACAAUCUGUCCUGAAAUCACGUCCUUUUGCUAUACCCAAGGAUGAAAGAAAUAACUGGAAAUCACUGCUAUAUAGCGUGUUUGUAGCAUUCUGGCAGUUUGACUAUGUUAAUUUCCAAGGCCUUCCUCUUCAUGCUGUGAGUUUCAGUGUUAAUAAAGAUUGCAUAUUUGAAAAAUAAAGGGAAUUUUUUCCA